UUUUAAGAUAAAUAAAAUAAUGUCGUUUUAAAAGUAUAAAUAAAACAUUAUAAACUGAAUUGAGUUCAGUAAUAGAGUUGUAUAAUGUGUCAUAUAGGUUAUAAUAAUUUUAAGUUAUUCUACAUUUGGUAGUUUAUUACAACAUAACAGAAUGGAAUCACUUGACUCAGAUUUUAAUGCUAUACCUUUUGAAAAAAAGCUGUCGGCAUUAAAAGACACGCAAGAAAGCAUACAGCAAAUGUCAGCUUGGUGUCUUCAAAACAGACAACACCAUAAGAAAAUAGUAAAUAGUUGGUUAAAUGUUUUAAAAAGAGUAAAAGUAGAACACAGGUUAACAUUAUUCUAUCUUGCAAAUGAUGUUAUACAAUAUAGCAAAAGAAAAAAUUAUGAAUUUGUCGACUCAUGGGGAACUGCACUACAGAAGGCCACUACUAUGGUUAGAGAUGAAAAAGUACGACAUAGAAUUCUUCGAAUAUUCAAAAUUUGGGAGCAGAGGGGUGUGUAUGGUGAAGAUUUUAUUGGUGAUUUAAGUGGUUUAUUAAGUGCAGCAGCCGGAAAGGCCAAAACUGAUGAUCCUGCUGAAUUUCAGCCUACAUCACUUUUUUCUCGGCUUCGCCAAUGUGCAACAUUAGAGGCAGAUACAGAUUCAAAAUUGAAAAUAUUAAUAGAUACUCCUUUGUCCGAAUUGGAUAUACUUUGUAACUUGCUGAAAGAUCGAAGUAAAGUAGCUGAUGUGGAAAAGCAAAUUGAAAAUGAUGCUUCAAAUGCUGAAGCUUAUAUAAAGGCAUUGCAAUCUGAAUUAAGAGCUCGUGGACAUUUGAUUGCAUUACUUGAACAGGCUGAAAAGUUUUAUAUUGCACAACGAGGUGAAGUGAAAGUUGUGGCAAAUGCUUAUCGAAAUUUUGGUACACGCGUUAAGAAUCUCAAGCGUAAAUUAGAUGAGCUGACUCCAACAUUAGUAUCACCAAUACCUUCUCCUGAUAUUAAUGCUCCAUCUCCGAGUCCUGAUUCAGAUCUUGAUCUUCCUGGUGAUACUUCAAACAAUUCUUUUUCAUUUUCGAGUGGGGGUGCUCCAUAUUCUUUAGACCAAAGUUAUAAUACAUCUAUUACAAAUGGAUUUACUAGUUUCAUGGGUGGUUCAAUGCCAUUUGAUCUCAAUAGCUCUUCGAUAUUUGAGCAUAAUAUUUCUAAGUCAAAUGAUACCUUAGAUGAUGGUGGAAAACCAAUUGAGGUUAUUAAUCCAAAUGUGCGUCCUAAAUCAGAUGAAAAUUUUAAUAUAUCAGAAUUUUUGAAAUCACUUUUACCUGGACAAAUAUCAGAAGUAAAUACAAAUCAAAUGAGCAAUCCACCAAUGAUUUCUACAGCUCCAAUAGAACCGGUUCCAAUUAUACCAGACUAUAAUCCACAAAGGGAGCUAUUAGAAUAUAAUAUUCCAUCUUCAAACAUAGCUGUACAACGGGAACAACCACCAUUGCUUGACUACAAUAAUGGAAGAUUAGGAAGCGAGCUUAUUCAAGAUUUUAGUCCAUCACAGCCAUUGGGCCCUAUGACAACUAAUAGGAAAUCUGAAUCAGAAUUGAAUUUAAGCUAUUCAGGACCUGUUGCACCACUUUUGCCACCACCCAUGCCACCAAUGAUGAUGGAUAAUUGUGAUAAUGCUGAUUACUCUCAUAACUAUUCUAGAAAUGAAAACAGUUGGCCAAGUUGGAACAUUGAGACACCGGCCAAUAUUGAAACACCCGAAUCUCCACCACAUUAUGAACAAGAAUCGUGUGUCAGUCAACCUGUUAUGGAGUAUAAUGAUAAUUUGCAUGAGCAGAUUGGUGCGGGAGUGGAUGUUGAUCAAAGAGUUAUACCUCUUCCACCACCUCCACCCAGUAUCAUGCCAGAAUUGGAUUUGAGGCAAGAUAUUGAUCAUAGACUUAAGGACAUAGAUCAUAGAAAUCUUAUAUCACUGACUGGUUCCCCUAGUCAAAAGCAAAAUGAUGAUUCUUCAAUAGUUUCACCUUUACAGCCUCCCAAUUUGUCAGGAUGGUCUGAACAACAGAAUUUUGAUCAUGAUGCUGAUCAAGAUUAUCGCAUACCACCAUUGCCACCAAAAUUGGAUUCAUUUAUCGGUUCACCAGAGGGUUUCACCAGUACACCUAAAAAGGGUCUGCUGCCUAGACCUAGUCAAGGAAGUCAUUUGCAACCUGUAUCUGUACAUAGCCCCCUGAUACCUCACACACCCCACAGGUUGAAUGGAGUUCGCUUUCCUCAUCACCCUCCUCCGCCACCUCCUCCACCACCUAUAUCUAGUCCCUCUCAUUUCAGAUCCUUGAGAAGUCCUAAUAAGAAUAAUUCAACACCUUUACAAGCAAAACCAAGUUUCAGCAAGCCUGAAGGUCCUAAAAUAAAAUUUCAUAGUUCAAUUAAACAUGCAUCUAUAGAAUCAAGAGUUUCCAAUGUCAAAGAAAUUAUUCCAACACCACAAGAUGAAUUGGAAACUAAAAAAAUUGAUGAGGUGAAGGAAGAUGAUAAUAAUGAUUCAAAACAAAUUGAACCUGAGCCAAGCAAUGAAGAAAAACCAGCAGACAUUGUAGAAAGCAUAGAUAUGGAAAUGUCUGAUGAGGAAGAGUCUGGACAGCAAAAGGAGCAUUCACCUGAAAAAAAUCCUCGGGGAAAUCAAAGGUCCAUGAAUAGUGUACCACCUUUUCGUCCAGAAUUCAAUAGUCAACCACCAUUUCAUCGACCUCCAAGAGAGUUUGAGGAUAUGGGUAAUUCAAUGCCUAUGAAUCACCACAUGCCACCACCACCAAUGCAUAUGGGACAUCCAGAUGAUUUUAGUGAAGAAGUUGACUUUAGGCAAGAUGUUAAUUUUGAAAUGAUGCCACCACCAUACAUGGAUCAUAACUUUGAUAACAGAAUGCCAUUUCGUGGUGGUCACAUAAGAGGGCCUCAUUUUCCAAACUUUAGAGGUCGAGGUGGUGUGCAUCCGAUGAAAAAUAGGCCUCCUUUUCCACAUAAUCCAAAACGAGGAAGAUUUCGUGGAAAUUUUAGAGGCCGAUGGUGAAUGAUUCACAUUUAUUUAUAAUAAGUACAUAUGAUGAAUUUAUACCAUAUUUAUCAUUAUUUUAUUAUCAACAAAUGAAAAUUAUAUAAUUUUCUGGAAUUGUAUAUAGCUUAAAGAGAUGUUUUGUAUAUCUAUUGUUUUUUCUGUAAUUCUCAUUAGAAUUUUAUAUU